AUGAUAGUUAUAACCAAUAGAGAGGAGAGUGACCCGCGCACGACAGAUCCCCCUCUUUGCAGACCCCUCCCAGACCCCGCGCCAGACACCCUUCUCCAGACCUUCCUCCUACCAGACCCCAUCUUCGCGACGACCGCCGCCCAGACCCCUCCCAGAGUCAGCCACCUCCUCUUUAACCCAGACCACCCCUCAACCAAGACCAUUACCUCCCACCUCAGACCCCUUCCCAGACCCCACCCAGACACCCUCCGCAGACCCUUCCCAGCACCCACCUCGCCCCAGAACAACCCUCACCAGGACUCGGACCUCCCAGACCCCCACCAGCAGACACCCUUCCCAGGACCUCCCAGGGACCCCCACCAGACCCCCUUCCUGCAGGACCAGCCCACAGCCACAGGCAACACCGCUCCCACGACGCUCACCCUCCUAGGACCCCCGGCCCAGGAAACCCUUCCAGACCCCCACCCUCCAGGACACUCUCCAGACACCCUUCACCAGACUUCCCCACCCGGCCCAGGACACCCUCCCAGACACCUUCCAGACCCCCGGCCCGAGAGCCCCUCCCAGACGCCCCACCCAGACACCCUCCCCAGACCACCCUCCCAGGACCUUUUCACGCCCAGGACCCCCUUCCCAGACCCCCUUUCCCAGUGCUUUCAUUUUUAA